AUGUUCCAGUCCACCACCUCGUCGUACAUGUUUUCUCGCGUGCUUCUGUCCUCGGAACCUCUAUCCUCCGCUGCAGGACGAUGGUCGCGGUUUUUACAGAGUUCUCCGAUCCUCCCCCAUCAGCUGCUGAGACCUGCAGCACUAUCAUUGAUCCUUCCCGGCAUCAUUUCCGGCAUCUGGGAUUCCAUCCUGCGUGCUGUACCCAAAAAGAAGACAUCCCACAUGAAGAAGCGUCAUAGGCAGAUGGCUGGCAAGGCUUUAAAAGACCUCAAAAACCUCAACACUUGUUCUGGAUGCGGUCAAAUGAAGCGUGCUCAUGUUUUAUGUCCGCACUGUGUUGAAGUCGAAACAAUACCUGUCGUGGGGUUCCGCGGACAAUGGUUUAUGCGGGAUAUAGCUCAUCCUCUCGAUAUCUUCUCACUGGCUGUUACUGACACUCAAAUCCUGUCGGCUUCUGGUGCAACUGCGCUCAAGAUUCAUUCUACAACAGAUCCUGAUUUCCCGUUGGUGCAAUCCAUUGAUGGCGCCCACAAAGUCGGCUGUCACCAUAUAGUGACAAAUGGAAAAGGCUCCAGAGCAGUCAGUGUGGGCUUUGGUGGAGAGAUCAAUGUCUGGGGCUGCCGCGAGGGAACUUGGUCCAAGGAGGACGCCGCUUCAGGAAACCUGGCUGGUGCUGCUGGUACCUGGGCUGUAGCUUUGUCAGAUGACGGACAGUACCUCGCUGGUGUCACCCAGGAUGGACACAUCAGAGUAUGGGAUCUCAAUGCCAACGGCGAGUUGAUUCGAGACUACGAAACCAAGGGUAGUUUUGGCACUUGCUUGGACAUGUCUGCGGAUGGCCGCUUUAUAGCCAGUGGGCAUGAGAACGGCAGUGUCUACAUCUUCAGUACAGAAACUGGGCGAAUGCCGUUCAGCUUGUCAGGGCUGGUCAAGCCAGUUCGGACUGUGGCAUUCUCUCCCGGCGGAAAACUUCUUGCUGCCGCUGGAGAUUCAAGGGUAAUUGUGCUUUAUGACACUUUAUCCGGAGAGCAGGUAGCAAAUCUCUCGGGUCACUCAGCCUGGAUUCUUUCACUCUCUUGGAGCCAUACAGGGGAGUACCUGUUGAGCAGCUCAUUUGACGGAAAAGUCAAGGUCUGGUCAAUUGAUACGAGGUUGUGCGUCGCAACUCAUUCCGAAACCGAGAAGGCGGUUUGGAGCGCUAAAUGGCUGCCAAAGACCGGGAAGUCUGAAGGAUUUGCCACCGCUGGAGCAAGCCGAAGCAUAGCUUUCUAUCGCGAAGCAACUGGUGGCUGA